AUGUCGCAAGCCGUUGGUAACACCGCACUUGCAUACGCCAGAGUCUGGCACCAUGUCGAUGCAAGCGACCGUGUUCUUGGGAAACUUGCGGAACGGAUAGCGUUGGUGCUGAUGGGCAAGCAUAAGCCGAUAUAUGACCCCAGUGUGGACUGCGGGGACUAUGUCAUUGUCACAAAUUCGAGAAAGGUGAAGGUCACUGGACGGAAAGAGGAGCAACUGCUCUAUCGCAAGCACACGAUGUACCCUGGAGGUUUGAAGGAGACACCUUACAAGACCAUGAAAGAGAGGCACCCAGACGAGGUACGAGAAAACCACCUGAGCAAACCCAUUCUCGUGUUCAUGUUCAUGGCCGACCAGAUCAUUCGCAAGGCCGUCUCCGGCAUGUUACCCAAAAACAAACUGCGAGAACGCCGCUUAGAGCGUCUCAAAGUCUUUCCAUCCUACCGCAUGGGCAUCCUAGGUGCAAACAUCAUGCGGAGCUUCGAGGACGGCACCAUCCCACCUAACUUCGACCCCAAGCAUCCGACGACGUCGCAGACACUCCUGAAGCUCCGGGAAAAGCAUAAGAAGAAUAUCGAGGGUGCUGCUGCUGAAUCCCCUGCGAUUACUGCCCCUGCUUCAUAG